ACCACCCUGCCGCACCAGCUGCCAAAAUCCCGAGCGGCGUUUCCGGGAAGCCCCGGAGGAGGGGAGGGCAGGGGAAGGAAGGGAGGGAGGCACGGCCGUGCCAGGGGGUUCUGCGGCGGCAUCUCGGUGCCCUCCCAGCCCCGCUGCAUCCCCUGCGGGGGCGCCCCGGCUGCUCCACUCGCCGCAGAGCCCCUCCCUCCGCCUCACUCAGUCCAUCCGGAUUUCAUUUAUUUUUUUCUUUUUAACCAGCAAGUUGUUUUUUCGUGUGUUUGUUCUCCAUCUGUUUGGAAAUACAGGAGCACGGGGCGGCCACCAGCUCUCUCCACAAAUCCCCCCGGGAGAGGCGCUCCGAGGGUGCUGCCGGCGCUCCGCAUCCCGGGAGCGGGCGGGCAAGCCCGGCUUGCGGAGCACUUGAAACAUUCGCCUGACGACCUCGUCUGAAGUAAAUGGUAACGUGUUUGCAUCCCUCAGGUUACAGCGUUGGGAAAGGCACACGCUUACCCACCCUAUGAACAAACAGAUUUCUGAAAAGAGAAAAAUCACCUCUGAUGAAGACAAAUCCCAGUACCAGAAGUCUGCAUCUCUUGUAGACACCAACCUUGCAUCUCUGGCAGAAGCCUCCAGGUGCACUCAGUGGAGCAGCCUGGCUCAGGAUGCUCACCAGAACCCCGAGUGUUGUUGCCCAAGUGUUCCUUCUUCUAAGCAUAGUCCUUGUUAUUGCCAUUGCAGUGAUUCAGAUAAAUCAGCAACAGGUCCUCUCCCCAGGGCUUAAGUAUGGAAUAGUCCUUGAUGCUGGAUCCUCUCGGACUACAGUCUAUGUCUAUGAGUGGCCGGCAGAAAAAGAAAACAACACGGGAGUAGUGAGCCAAACCUUCAAGUGCAAUGUGAAAGGCCCUGGUAUAUCCAGCUAUGGGAGUAGCCCUGGAGCUCUUGCCAAGCCUCUUGAUGACUGUCUGAAUAAAGUGAAGGAGAGAAUACCAGUUCAUCUACAUAAAAACACUUCUGUUUAUCUGGGGGCUACAGCUGGCAUGAGACUGCUGAGGUUGCAAAAUGAGUCGGCAGCCAAUGAAGUCCUUGCAAGCAUUCAAAGCUACUUCAGAGCACAACCUUUUGAAUUUAGGGGUGCGCAGAUCAUAACUGGGCCAGAGGAAGGGGUGUAUGGAUGGAUAACGGCCAACUAUUUAAUGGGCAAUUUCUUAGAGAGAAACCUUUGGAGGACAUGGGUCCAUCCUUACAGAAAAGAGACCAUGGGUGCACUGGACCUUGGAGGAGCUUCCACUCAAAUUUCAUUUAUCCCUGAGGACCCUGAGGAGCACCUCAAUAGCACCUUGCAAGUGAAGUUGUAUGGUUACAACUACAAUGUCUACACUCACAGCUACCAGUGCUAUGGGAGAGAUGAAGCUGAGAAAAGGCUUUUAGCAUUGCUGCACCAGAAAUCAAAGGCCAGUGCCAAUGUGGAUAAUCCCUGCUACCCUCAAAACUAUAACACAGCAUUAAUGAUGAAGGACUUCUUUGGCAGCCUUUGUACACAGUCUCUGAGACCAGCAAAUUACUACCCAAACCAGCUUGUGAAUUUCCAUGGAACAGGAGACCCAGGUCUGUGCCAGGAGAUGGUUUCUUUAUUGUUUAACCUCACUGCUUGCAGAGACAGAGAGGACUGUCCAUUUAAUGGAAUACAUCAGCCAAAAGUUAAAGGGAAUUUUGUGGCUUUCUCUGGAUUCUACUAUACAAUUAAUGCUUUGAAUUUAUCUGGGCAAUUUUCCCUAGAUGACUUCAAUUCAAGUAUGUGGUUUUUCUGUUCACAGAGCUGGGCACAGCUCCAGUUUAUGCUGCCUAAAUUUGAAGAAAAAUAUGCUAGAUCCUACUGUUUCUCAGCCAAUUUCAUUUAUUACUUGCUUGUACAUGGUUACAACUUCAACGCAGAAACUUGGCCACAGAUACAUUUUCAAAAGGAGGUUGGUAACAGCAGCAUAGCGUGGUCACUUGGUUACAUGUUAAGCCUCACCAACAUGAUUCCAGCAGAAGGGAAGCUGAUCCAGCUGCCUCUGAAACCUUCUCUGUUUGCUGGGCUCCUCAUCUUCCUCACAGCCACGGCACUGCUGUGCCUCCUCUUCCUCGUCUACCUGUGUGUUGUAUCCCAUCAUCGGAAGGACGUCCCUCGCGUGGAACACGUAUUUAAUCCAGAAUGAAUGACCCUGGCUGGAGACAAAUCAAAAAUGUUACAGUGCUACUAAACAGAACUUUAUUUUGCCCCCCAUUUUUCAAAAAUAGAGACAGCAAAGAUGACUUCUGGACCAGAAGCAUAAAUAGAGAAGGGGUACAAAGGAAUCUGUGUUAUGGUGAAUUGGAGUGCUUUUGAAAUGUUUGGGUAAUUGUUUCUGUAAACUUAAUUUGUCCAGUGUGCAGCAGAGAAAACAUGGGCAUAUAUGUCACUUUGCUUUAUAAGGGAUUACUUGCCUUUUCCUGACAGGUGUGUAUAUAUUGUUUUUUUUGUGCAUUAACUCUGUGCUAACUGCUGAGCUCAAGUAGUGAUGGAUUUGAUCACAGUGGCAAUUGUUUAAGAUAAAAUUUUAAACGAGCCAGUAGCAACUGUGGGAGGUGGGAACGUGGUAACUGUCCUUGUGUGCAGUGCUGACUCUAAAAGCCCUGAAGUAACCUAAUUUCUGAAGCUGGAACAAGCACUGGAUAAUGACAAGAAGUGACAGAAGAGAAAGAAAGAGUUGUGAUAGAAUUGUUUUUAUUGCUGUUCCAAAUGGAUUGAUCCCCAUCACAAGAAAGUGUAAUAAACUGUCAACACCUCUCAGAACUUUUGAGCCUGUCAGAGCUAUAUCUUUUGGUACCAUGGAGACCUCAAAACACCUCUGGUCUGGUACAUAAGAUUGGCUUUGGAGGUGUAACAAAAUGCUUUCACACUUUAGUAACUGAACCUAAAUUUAAAUAUCUCAUGGUUGCCUUCAGAAGACACUGGAGUUUUCAGGGUCUUUUUCUAACUUUCACAGAAAUGCUUUUUGUAGUUUUUCAAACUGAAGCCCUGACCUGCAUACCCCACAUAUUGUUGGUCUCAGACAGUGGCAGUCUGAACUGAUUUGACAUGUAUGCAUUAUUUCAGCUCUAUGGGCAGAGUCUCAGAUCUGGACAUUCCAUUAACAUGUUAAGCCCUUCUUUCAAGGCCAAGAGGAACAGGAGCCAGACUCCAGGCCAGCAAACCAUCCUUUUAGCUGCAGUCAUGGCUCCAGUGCCUUGGUCAGCCUCUGCACUGUCCUUCAGCCGCCCUGGGAUCACCUGGCAGGUGCUUCUGUCCAACAUUGUGACUCCUGAGCUUUCCUGCUGCUGCCUUCAUGCAGCAAACAGCUGCCUUCCUUGAAAGCCCAGCCAUUCUUCACCAAACCUCACACUCCCUUAAAUCAUAGCACUCUCUCAGCUUCCAGUAUUGAUUAGGGGAUAGAUAGGAGAACAGUGGCCAGUAUUUUUACACAUAAAUAAUGUUUUUAAUUUCAGUCUUUUGCUUCUAUAUCACCUUCUUAUGUUUGGUGGUGGGGUUGGGGUUUUGUUUUCAUUUGUGCUUUGUUCAUAGGCUGACAGAUGAUUUGAAGGGAGCUAAAUAUCUUUUUAAAUGAAAAAAAGAAAAAAGUGAUUUUUCAAGGAGAUCAAUAGGGCUUUGUCCCUUCUCUAUUGAUAUACUGCUAAGUCUUGUCAGUCUUACUGGAGUAGCAAUAAGGUAAAAGGUAUUAUACGAUGAUGAAGAGCUCUGUGGCAUCAAAGUUAUAUCUGAUAAAGUGUAAAAUUGACUUCAGAGUGCAUGGACAUUACAGAGGCUGGCAUGAGAUAUUUUGUGUGAUGUAUGUGUAACUGCAGUUAUGGGUGAAAAAAACUCAGACAGUUGGAUGAGAGAAUUAAAAUGUUUUCUUUUGUUGCCAA